CCCCAAUAUGGUUCACCGGCCGCUUCAGCGCUGCAAACGGGAACUCAGCCAGCUCAGCCUCAGUAUGGAUCAGCCGUGGCUCCACAACAACAACAGCAACAACAACCCUCAUCAGAGCAACCUGUUCCUCCUUUUGUCCGUCGUCCACUUUCAUUAGAGGAAGUUCCGUUCACAGCAUUUUUCAACUUCCCUCUUAUGGGACGUGCUUGUCCUUUGGAUAUAUAUCUCGACGGAAAGACCCCUACACGUGGAACGGAGCUAACUAUCCUUAACAAUUGCGAGUUUGAUGUAAUUAUAGGCGGUGUAGAGCUCAAACAAGAAGAUAUGUAUUCUACUUCUUCGAAUAGUGGACGAACUGUUCCGACACGUCGUUGGCCGCAGCAGUUCCGUGUGGCUGCCAAUGGUGGUCGCGCGACCUGCAUCAUUGCAAUGCAUCCAAGUUUUCCCAGGGCUUCUUCUUUAUUUAUGUUGGUGCUUGUAUAUGUAUUCUCUGAUGGACGUUUUACCCCUUAUGCAGCCCGUUUUUCUGUUUAG